AUGUCGUGGUUACAGCCUAAGGCGCUGGACAAUGCCCACAUCUGCCCCGGCUUCAAGUUCGUCGCCCAUCCCCACAAGCCUGACAAGACCGAGCACACGAAACAAUCCGUCGACAUGGGCAUGUAUCCAGCCGACAACGUGCCAGAGGCUGAGAAUAAUGCGACCUACCCGGGCGUGGAUUGGUCUUACCUGGAGCUGCCGAUGGAGUGCAAGACAAGCAGCACGGAACAGGAUCCCUUCGAUGAGGAGCGGGGCGGCGAGCCGGUCGGGGACAAGCGCCAGGAUGUGCUCGGCCAGAUCCUGUCGUACGCCGAGCUCGUCUUCCAACGUCAGCAGCGGAUGUUCUUCUUCAUGGUGAUCUUCCUCGGCGAUUACGCCCGUAUCGCGCGGUUCGACCACUCGGGGGUGUUUGCGACCCAUAAGUUCGAGUACAAGACCAAGAACAGCCCCCUGGUCAAUUUUCUGUACGGGUACUCGCGUCUGUCGGCUGUCGACCGUGGACAUGACCCUACCGCCACGCGAAUCCUAUCGACGGACCCGCUCUACAAGGAGAUGAAGGAACGGGCCAGAAACGUCAAUACGGAUGAUCCGCACGACUACGUGCGUGAAUUGUUCAGACAUACGCUCAAGUUACGUCGGCCGUGGUGGAAGCUCGAGGUCCACGAGCAGCGCAAGGAUGACACGGGACGCGACCUGGAACCCGUCAUCCACAAGUUCGCUGUCGGCGCACCGUACUUCCAGGCUCCCGGUGUGGCUGGACGGUUCACGCGUGGCUACAUCGCCCUGCCUGUCAACGAUCAAGGUGGAAUCAGCAAAGAUGCCACGUUUGUGUUUCUGAAGGACGCGUGGCGCGUGGAUCACCCCGGGAUCGAGCAGGAAGGGGCGACGCUGCAGUUUCUUAAUCAACGUAAUGUGCCGUACGUGCCGACGUUGGUGUGCCACGGCGACCUCGGGCAGGUCACGCAGUCGCAGAAACACUGGAAGGAGUUGCAUCCCGAAGUAGAGAAGGUCCCUCUGAAGACGCACUCGCAUUACCGGGUUGUGGUGAAGGAGGUCGGGCUUCCGCUUGAGAAAUUCCUGGAAAGUUCUUCCGAGUUAUGCUAUGCCUUGUAUUGUUGUAUCAAAGCCCAUGCCGCAGCCUUCGAUGCUGGCAUCAUUCAUCGCGAUAUCAGUGCAGGCAACCUGUUGAUAUACAAGGACGACGAGGGCGAGUGGACUGGGCUGCUCAACGACUGGGAACUGUCGAAGAAGGUGGACAACGAAGCUCCUGAGGGUCGUCAGCCGGAUCGCACUGGUACCUGGCAAUACAUGUCUGCGCACGCUCUCAACGAUCCACGUCGUAGGAUCGUCAUCCAAGACGAACUGGAGUCUUUCUUCCACGUCCUGCUCUACUACGCCAUCCGCUUCCUCCCCCAUAAUCUCCAAGACAGCUGUGUUGGAAAAUUCCUGACUGACUAUUUCGAUGAUUACUCGACCUACGAAGGGUACUACAUAUGCGGGAGGGCGAAGCACGAUGCGAUGAAGUACGGUCACAUCGACCUCGAAACGUACCACGGCCAUCAAGACGACAAGACAAAGAACAGUCUCAAGUUCCUUUGGCCGACUCCUCCCGCCAAUGCUACGCCCACUGCAGGGCCCCGGGAACAGUCGCCCUCUCCUUCCCCUAGGAGCAGCCCAUCCCCCGCCGAGCGCCCGUCUGCGAGUUCGAACAGCAGCAUUCCUUCUGGACGCUCACCUUCCCCUCAAUUCAGUGCCAUUGACGGUUCGGACCUCACUCCGCUGAACUCGGACGACUCCGCUCCUGACGAGGAGCACCCUAUCAACGAAAUCAUCUCGGAGCUGCUGACGUGGUUCCGGGCGUACUAUGCCCUGGAUGCGGAGCACACUCGUACAUCCUCUGCCAGUUCCAGAACAAAGAAGACGUCGAAAGGUAUCAUCCCAAGCCGGUCUAGGGCGGCCCUGAGGAAUGACGGACACCAGGACCAGAAAUGGGCUCGUGGGCGCUCCCUCCAGCCCACCGCUGCCAAACUAAAAGAGGACGAAGCCCUCAGAAAUAAUCUCGAGACGCACGAAGCGAUCCUCUCCCUCUUCAACAACUCUUUUGAGAGGGUUUGGCCAGCGAACGAUAAGGGCCCUGACAAGAAGCCCGAAGGAGGUUACGCGCCACCGAAGUCUGCGAUGCCGUCGGACUCUAUACGCACUAGCUCGAAGCGGCGAAGUAUGGACGAUAUACCCGGUGGCAAGCCGCCGCGCCCCACCAAGCGCAGCAGGAUCUAGCUGCUCACUCAUUCAUAUCGCUCAUUUAUAUCAGACGCUCACUGCGCUUCCCGGCGGCGAAGACCGCGAUGGUCAUUCCGGCUGCAACCGUUCUCCUAUAUAAUGGCCACUCCUCGUCACCUCGUCUACUAGCCUCCUUCUCCGUGUUUCGCGCCUUUCUCGUGCUAUUAUCAUUCUCCUUCCUGGCACCCCACCACCCAUCCCAUCGCCCCAUCUCGUCCAGUUUGCCUUCGUGGAGCCACGUCGUCAGACCAGGGGACGCCUUUUAUCUCUCCAGCACUCCCCCAUCUUUGGCCCCGGGAUGCACCCUGGAUACCGAGUCACGGCCUUAGACCUGUCUUGAUCAUACUGUCGCGGUCCGUUGUCAUCCUGUGCUACCA